UUUCCAUUCUCCAAAAAUAUUAAAUUGAUUAGUGUGUAUGCAGUGACUAUAAAAAGUCUGAUUGUUAGCGUUUUCUGCUUAUACAGGUACUUGCCUGAGUCAUAUAUCCGGAGCAAAGAAAUAUCUUGCAAGAAAGUGAGAGAUAGCAUAAAAAAAAGUUUGAGUUCGGAGUGCAAUGGCUAUACCCAUCAUGUAGUUCAAGACGGCCUCCAGCUUUUUCAUUUCCAGAAAAAGGAAAAUGAACCACUUGGUCCAGAAUAUCUGGGUAUCAUGCAGUGCAUAAUCAGCAAACUAACCUAUGAAACACUUCAAACAGUGGCUUCUAUUGUCAGCCAUAACGAGGUUAAUUUUGAUAAGUCUAGGCUGGCAAUGGAAAAGAUUGUAAAACUUCACCUUCCAAGUUACUUGGAAAACUUGGAUAAAAAAGAUAUCAUAUGCCAGUUGUUCAAUAUUUUUAGAAAUCCAUGCAGCUAUCGAUCUGGUUCUGUGAGGCUUGUCACGCCUGUUUCACCACAACUUUUGUCAGCUAUCCAUCAUGCUUUGGCUGGACUUGAUGAAAUGCCCAUGCAACCUCUUGUUGCAAUGAAUAUGAAGAUUAGAGAAAAAUCAUGUACUCCAAAAUUCGGGUUAGUUGCUCGCUCUUCCAAAAGAGGGCACAUUAUCCAAGUGGUGAGGAAAAGAUGCAACAAAAUUCUAGCAGAUCUUGAAGAAGGUAAUUACCUACCAAAGAAUUUAGCAAAGGCAAUGUCAGUGGUGAACCUAUAUCAGAAGCAAAAGUUGAGAAGUGUGGAUAUUUCACUAUCAGAGUUCUUCCCCUUUACAAAAGAAACUAUAUCUUUGCAGAAAGAUAUCUUGAAUGCUCUUUGGUCACUUCCACAACUCAAGCACGACAAGCUAAAAUUGUUGCACCCCAUGUUGGAUCAAGAUUCUAAAGCUGAAAGGAAACAUUUAGAAACAGCUUUGAGGAACUACUUGACAGAAUGUUUGUUUCAAUGUGAUGAAGGUAGUUUACCAGAUGAGGCCCUCCGAGCCAUAGCCUUUAUGAGGAAUAAUCAGAUUUCUGGACGUCAGCAAUUUGUGUCAACUGAAGAGAAGGAGGAGGUUGAGGUAGAUUCUGUCUUGAACUUAAGCAGUCAUCUCCAAGCUUUAGCACAUUGUUGUGUAGAAGAAUGUUCAUGCGGUGAAGAUUUGAUUAACUUAGGGAAUGAUAAUUGCAAUGAGGAUAGUGAUUUUAUACUUUCUGGGACCAGCUACUUCAAUUUAAGCUCUGAGCAGCAGCAGAUGCAGGAGCCUUGCUGUUCCAGUAAUGACACUGAUGUUAUGAGAGAGUGUUGUUGGAGCGAAACUGUUGGAGAUACAUAUAAUGUCUCUGGAGCUGAGUAUUCUGGUUCCAAAUCAGAAGAGAUACUUAGGAACUCAUGUCUAAGGACCGAAGAUUCUGGAGGCAUUGGGCAUUAUAGCAGCAAUGAAGCUGUUGACAGUGUGAUGGAGCCCUAUGCAGACUUAUCAAUCGAUGUAAACCCCUUGAAAAAAUCAAGAUGUUCAGAGAUUAUUGGGAUCUGUGAUGAAGCAUCAAUAGUGACCCAUAAUCUUAUCGGACAGAUUUUAGAUAAAUGGUUGCUCGUGGAGAACAAUGAAGUGGACGAACCCACUAGACUCCAUCUUGGAGAUGGAUCUCAAAAACCCCAAGAUGAUGACAAUGGACCUGCGAAUUCAGCAGAGAACCUAGAAGGUGACAUUUUUGUUCAUGCUGUGGAACGUCUCUUGCCUAAUUUGCCGAAAAGGUUUUGUCCUUCCCUUUCUGUUAUUCCUCUUCUGCGCAGUCACGUUCUAUGAUUUUAAUACCUUGCAUUUGUGCAGUUGCAUAGACGAAGUCAAGAGGCUAAUGAGCUGAGCUAGCAAGCACCGUGAGAACGACUUGCAGUGGCACCUAGAGACCCCAUGUUUUUUUUUUUUUUGCCCAUACAGAAGUGAUCAGACCUGUGAGUUAUGUGGUUCAGGCACUUCAUCUAAUGUGUCGAGCACUUCCAUUUGUGGCAUAUUGACC